CAGAAUAAUAGCGAAUUUACUCUGAUCAUGUCUAUCGAAAUAGAAUCUGCAGACGUGAUACGACUAAUUCAACAAUAUCUGAAGGAAUCCAAUUUACUUAAGACGCUCCAAACUUUACAAGAGGAAACUGGCGUCUCACUCAAUACUGUUGACAGCGUCGAUGGCUUUGUGCAGGAUAUCUCGAAUGGACACUGGGAUACAGUGCUCAAGGUAACGCAGUCACUGAAGCUUCCCGACAAGAAGCUUCUAAAUCUCUACGAGCAAAUUGUACUGGAACUAAUAGAGUUGCGAGAAUUGGGCGCCGCCCGUUCGUUACUUCGCCAAACGGAUCCAAUGAGCAUGUUGAAGCAGCAUGAGCCCGAGCGAUACAUACACCUAGAAAACAUGCUGCAGCGUGCGUAUUUCGAUCCCCGAGAGGCAUAUGCGGAGGGCAGCAGCAAGGAGAAACGUCGAACAGCAAUUGCCCAGGAAUUGAGUGGUGAGGUGCAUGUGGUGCCUUCUUCAAGGCUGUUGGCGUUGCUUGGCCAGGCGCUUAAGUGGCAACAGCAUCAGGGUCUCCUUCCACCCGGCACCACUAUCGAUUUGUUCCGUGGCAAAGCAGCCAUGAAGGAUCAGGAGGAGGAAAUGUAUCCAACGCAGCUGUUCCGCCAGAUCAAAUUCGGUGAAAAGUCACAUGUAGAAUGUGCACAGUUCUCACCAGACGGACAGUAUCUGAUAACUGGCAGUGUAGAUGGCUUUCUCGAAGUGUGGAACUUUACCACUGGCAAAGUACGUAAGGAUUUGAAAUACCAAGCACAGGACCAGUUCAUGAUGAUGGAAAAAGCCGUGCUGGCAUUAAAUUUCUCUCGUGACUCUGAGAUGGUUGCAUCUGGCGCACAGGACGGCCAGAUAAAGGUGUGGCGCAUCAUCACUGGCCAAUGCCUGCGCAAGUUCGAAAAGGCACACACCAAGGGCAUUACCUGUCUGCAGUUCUCGCGCGAUAACAGCCAAGUUCUCAGUGCUUCCUUUGACUACACUGUGCGGCUGCACGGCCUCAAGUCCGGUAAAAUGCUCAAGGAGUUCAAGGGACACACGUCAUUUGUCAAUGAGACUACAUUUACACCGGAUGGCCACAGUGUCCUAAGCGCAUCCUCCGACGGCACAGUGAAGGUCUGGUCGCUAAAGACCACAGAAUGCGUGGCUACGUACAAACCAUUGGGUAACGAGCUCGCCGUUAACACGGUGCUUAUACUUCCAAAGAAUCCAGAGCAUUUCAUCGUCUGCAAUAGAUCCAACACGGUUGUGAUUAUGAACAUGCAGGGACAGAUUGUACGAUCGUUCUCGUCGGGUAAGCGCGAGGGCGGCGCCUUUAUCUCAGCAACCCUAUCACCUAGAGGAGAAUUCAUUUACUGUGCCGGAGAGGAUCAAGUGCUCUACUGUUUCUCGGUUUCCUCGGGCAAGCUGGAGCGUACUUUAAACGUACACGAGAAAGACGUUAUUGGCCUAACCCAUCACCCACACCAGAAUCUUCUGGCCAGCUAUAGUGAAGAUGGUCUGCUGAAGUUAUGGAAGCCAUAGAUUAGUUAAGCUUUCCCGCUUGCUAAAUUUUAUAUAGUUUUCCUAGAUUUUUACCUGUCAAAAUAAUUUAAUUUAAUUUAACUGCACUGCAAUAUCAGCCAAGUUUAGAUUUUCUCAUGCCCUGCAUCAAUAUCGUCAAUCAUGUUCAUAUUAAACA